AUGGGUAUUCCCAAGUUCUUCCGCUUCAUGUCGGAGCGGUAUCCGCUCAUCAGCCAGCUCAUCGAGGACAACAAGAUCCCCGAGUUUGACAACCUCUACCUCGACAUGAACGGCAUCAUCCACAACUGCUCGCACCCCAACGACUCGGACGCCUCGUUCCGCAUCACCGAGACCCAAAUAUUCCUUGGGAUAUUCUCGUACAUCGAACACCUCUUCUACAAGAUCAAGCCCAAGAAGGUCUUCUUCCUCGCCAUCGACGGCGUCGCCCCGCGAGCCAAGAUGAAUCAGCAGCGUUCGCGCCGCUUCCGCACCGCAAAGGAGGCCAAGGAGAUCCGCGAAAAGGCCGAGCGACGCGGCGAGGAGCUGCCCGAGGAGGAGGCGUUUGACUCCAACUGCAUCACCCCGGGCACCCCCUUCAUGGCGAGGCUCUCGGAGCAGCUCAAGUACUUUAUCGCCAAGAAGAUCACCGAAGACGCCGACUGGCGCAACGUCCAGGUGGUCCUCUCCGGCCACGAGACGCCCGGCGAAGGAGAGCACAAGAUCAUGGAGUACAUCCGACUCUGCAAGGCCCAGCCCGACUACAACCCCAACGUCCGCCACUGCCUCUAUGGCCUCGACGCCGACCUCAUCAUGCUCGGACUGCUCUCGCACGACCCGCACUUCUGCCUUCUCCGCGAGGAGGUCAACUUCGGGCCGGCGCGCAAGAAGGCCAAGUCCAGCCUCGAGCACCAGAACUUCUUCCUCCUCCACCUCUCCGUCUUCCGCGAGUACCUCGACAUGGAGUUCCAAGAGCUCCGCUCCACGCUGCCGUUCCCCUACGAGUUCGAGAAGAUCAUCGACGACUUCAUCCUGCUCAACAUCUUUGUCGGCAACGACUUCCUACCGCACCUGCCCGGGCUCCACAUCAACGAGGGCGCGCUCGACCUCCUCUUCAACAUCUACAAAAAGGUGCUGCCCGUCGCCGGCGGCUACCUCAACGAGAGCGGCGUGCUGCGCACCGACCGCCUGCAACUGAUCCUCGCUGAGCUCACCCGCUUCGAGGCCGAAAACUUUGAAAAGGAGCACGCCGACGUGAGCUGGUACAAGGGCAAGCAGGAGAAGCACCUCAAGUCGAUCGAGGCGGCCAAGGCCAAGGGCAGGCUCGUCAUCACAAAGACCCAGCGACAGCUCUUUGACCGGGUGCACGAGUUCAUCAUGGCCAAGCGUCUCGAUCCGGCCGGCGCAGCCUCCGAGCUCCAUCUCGCCGCCGACCUCCCCGCCAAGGACCGUCGCUUCCUCGAGGAUCUUGCCUCCAGCCUCAAGCUGCGGAUCUCGUUCAACAAGACGGGUACGCAGGACACUGUGACCGACAAGCCUCGCAUCUCACUCGCCUUCCCGGUGCUCGACGACGAGACCGACGACGACGACGACAACGACGACGACGAUGACGACGACAAUGACGACGACAAUGAGGACCAGACAGAAGAGACCGGGGGCAGCACGUCAGAGGAGCAGCGCAAGAACAUCCAGCGGCGGCCCUCGGAAGCCGAUGUCGCCGUCGACCGCGUCCUGCACCGCUACCUCAAGGCCAAGGUGGACGACUACGAAGACGACGGGUCCAAUGGUGACGAAGAGUUGCAAAAGAAGCUGGACGAGAAGAUGAGGACCUGGAAGAAGGAUUACUACCGCGAGAAGCUCAGCAUCGACUUUGACAGCGCCGACGACAUGCACAAGAUCGCCUACCGCUACAUCGAGGGCCUCCAGUGGGUCCUCCACUACUACUACGACGGCGUCGCGUCCUGGAGCUGGUUCUAUGACUACCACUAUGCGCCCAAGAUUUCGGACCUCAAGGACGUCGGCGAGAUGAGCUUCAGCUAUGAGCUCGGAACGCCGUUCCGCCCGUUCGACCAGCUGAUGGGCGUGCUGCCGUCGCUCAGCAACCAGCACAUCCCCGCCGCCUUCCGUGACCUCAUGACCGACCCGACCUCGCCAAUCAUUGACUUCUACCCGCAAAACUUCGAAGCCGACCUCAACGGCAAGAAGCAGGAUUGGGAGGCCGUCGUCAAGAUCCCCUUCAUCGACGAGAAGCGUCUCCUCGAGGCGCUCAACAAGCGCGAGGUCUUCCUCUCGCUCGACGAGCAGCGCCGCAACGCCUUUGGCCCCAGCAAGCAGUUCACCUACGACGAGGACGAGGAGCACUUCCACCCCUCCAGCCUGCCCGGCACCUUCCCGGACAUUGUCCACUCUCGCGCCAAGAUCGUCGACUUCGAUCUGCCCACCCUCGACGGGCUGCAUCUCGUCAAGGGCCUGACCGAUGGCGUCGAGCUCGGCGCCCGCGCGCUCGCCGGCUUCCCGAGCGUCAAGACGCUUCCGCACUACGCUCGUCUCGGCCACCACGGCGUCAACGUCUUCCAGAGCGAGUCCAAGGGCGUGAGCGUCGUCAUUACCGUCGAAAACACCUACGAGGAUUCCAAGACGCAGGACGUUGCCGAGGCGCUCGUCGGCCAGCGCGUCUUUGUCAACUGGCCUUUCCUCACCGAGGCCCUAGUCGUCGGCGUCUCGGACAAUCUCUUCCGCUACGAGAUGGGGCUCGUUGGCGGGGCCAGGAAGGUGGUGGCGAACCCGCACAAGCCCGAGGCCAUCAGCGUCUUCCACCGAAAGGCCGAGAAGAUCGAGUACCACUACAGCAAGCGAUUUGGCGUGCUGAUUGGCGAUGUCAACGUCCUCGUCCACGUUCGUCCACUCAAGGGCCUCAAGCGACUGGACGAUGGCGCAUUCGUCAAGGACUACCAGGACGACCCGGCCAAGGAGACCGAACAGGCGCUGCAGCUCGCCGUCGUCGACGUGGUGCAAGAGGACACCCGCUUCCUCGAGUCCCCCGCCAAGCCCAUCCGCGAAGAGUUCCCGGACAAGAGCAAAGUCUUUUUCCUCGACCUCAAGGCCUACGGCUCUCCCGCCCACGUCGUCGGCAGCACCGAGUCGUCGCUCGCCAUCGAGGUCGCCUUCUUCCCCAAUCAGGCCAAGGAGAAUGCGAUGCUUCGCCACCUGGUCGCCACCCGAGCUCGCUCGCAGUAUCUCCCGUCCUAUCAGGUCGCCAAGAGGGUCGGCAUCUCGAGUCUGGCGCUGUCGAAGCUGACGAGCAGCAUGCUCCUCUACCACAAGGACCAAAAGACCAACGUCGGACUCAACCUAAAGUUCGAGGCCAAGGCACAAAAGGUGCUCGGGUACUCGCGCAAGACGGCCAGCGGAUGGGUCUUCAGCGACAAGGCCAUCGACCUGAUCAAGGAGUACAUCGAACGCUUCCCCGAGCUGUGCGACUGCCUCACCAAGAAGAGUGGCCAGGACAUCACCAAAGCGAGCCAGAUCUGGCCCGAGGACCAGGUCGCCGAACGCCUCACCGCGCUCAAGCAGUGGAUCAAGCAGUCCGGCGUGCGCGAUCUCGAGGCCGUCCCCCUGUUUGCCGAGCAACUCUCCAAGGAUACGGUGCAGCAGGUUGAGCAGUUCACCGCCAAGCUGGCCGACACCAGGACGGCGCUGGGCGCUGCGGGCCAGGUCAAGCGUGUCUUUAUCAAGGGCAUCCCACGGACCGCUCUGCUGAAGCCGAGUCACGCUCCGUUCCGCCUGCAGGCGCAGAAGUUUGAGCUCGGCGACCGGGUCAUUGUGGUGGCCGACAGCGGCAACGUCCCGCUCUCCGCGCGAGGAGUCGUGAUCGGCAUCCACACCAGCCACAUCGACGUCGUCUUUGACGUUCCCUUCCUUAGCGGCACCACCCUCGGGGACCGCUGCUCGCCGUACCGCGGAGGCACUGUCUCGUUCACCAGCGUCCUUAACCUCUCGCAGCCGCAGUUCGUCUGCUCGGGGGCUGCAGGUGGCCCCGCUGCAUCCAGCAGCGCUCUGGCGGGAGAUGCACUCGAGAGGACCUUGGGGCCGAUGGCCGCCGGCGGAUUCGGCGACGGCGCCCAUGCCGGUUCCAACGCGACGGCUAGGGGCCGCGGUGGCGGAGGCAUUCAACAUGCGGGGUCCUAUCGACCUCCCAACGCGUUCACGCCGAACCCUGCCGCUCAGCGAGGCGGAAGGGCCGGCGCGCAUGGCGGCCCCGGCGUCCACAUUCUUCAACGCCCGGCACGGAACGGCGCCACUGUCCGUGGUGACUUUGCUUUCUCUGGGGUCGCCAGCGGCCAGCAUCGUCCCACCAAGGAAGCAGCUGCUGCCGCCGCCGCCGCUGCCAAGCAGAGGCAACGUCGCGAGUAA